GGUAGAGAUUUGAAACGCAAAGCGUUUUCCUUCACUUCACGGAUUCCGCAUUACAGGAGAAAGAGAGAGACAAGUCAUCUUCUUCUUCCUCUUCACAUUCUUCUUCCCUAUCACACUAGAUAGAUCUCCUCUCUUUCUUUCACUCUGAUCCAUCAUCAGCUAUGGUUUCCCCUACAAAACUCAAAUCCAUGGAUUUCUACAGGAAAAUCCCGAGAGAUUUGACAGAGGCGUCUCUAUCAGGCGCUGGCUUAUCCAUCGUUGCUGCCCUCAUUAUGAUGCUUUUGUUCGGAAUGGAGCUGAGUAGUUAUUUGGCAGUCAACACUACCACAACUGUCGUCGUUGACAAGAGCGCUGAUGGUGACUUCUUACGCAUUCAUUUCAACAUCAGUUUUCCUGCCCUUUCAUGUGAAUUUGCAUCCAUUGAUGUGAGUGACGUCUUGGGAACAAAUAGGCUAAACAUAACAAAAACAGUUCGCAAGUUUCCAAUUGAUCCACAUUUAAAGACCACUGGUGAAGAGUUCCACUCGGGCCAUGGAUCACAUCACAUCAACCACGGAGAAGAAAUUAAGGAAGAGAUUCCUGAUGGUGCCGUACCACUUGUCAGUGGUAGUUUUGAUUCAUUUACAAAACACUUUCCUCUAUUGAUUGUUAACUUUAAUGCACCAUGGUGCUACUGGAGUAACCGUCUGAAACCGUCUUGGGAGAAAGCAGCUUCAAUUAUAUACCACAAAUAUAAUCCUGAAACUGAUGGACGUGUUCUUCUCGGAAGCGUUGAUUGCACAGAAGAAGCUGAACUAUGUAAGAGGAAUCAUAUACAAGGCUAUCCAUCUAUUCGGAUUUUCCGCAAGGGCAGUGACCUUAAGGAGGACCAUGGACAUCACGAACAUGAAUCUUACUAUGGAGAUCGGGACACAGAUAGUAUAGUUAAGAUGGUGGAUGAACUGGUCGCACCUAUCCACCCAGAGACUCACAAGCUAGAUUUGGAUGGUAUAUCCAAUGAGACAUUAAAACAUCUUAAAAAGGCACCAGUUACUGGAGGUUGUAGAGUUGAAGGUUAUGUGCGUGUAAAGAAGGUUCCAGGAAACCUUAUUAUCUCAGCUCAUUCAGGAGCUCAUUCGUUCGACUCUUCUAAAAUGAACAUGUCGCAUGUUGUUACCCAUCUUUCAUUUGGGAGAAUGUUUUCCCCUAGGCUGUUGACCGAUAUGAGGCGCUUGUUGCCAUAUAUCGGCCAAAGCCAUGACAAGCUCGAUGAAAAAGCAUUCAUUAAUCAACACGAGUUUGGUGCCAACGUUACUAUCGAGCACUACCUUCAAGUAGUCAAGACAGAGGUCAUUACAAGAAGAACAGCUCAAGAACAUUCAUUGGUUGAGGAAUAUGAAUACACCGCUCACAGCAGCAUAGCUCAGACUUACUACUUACCGGUUGCAAAGUUUCACUAUGAGCUCUCUCCCAUGCAGAUUAUGAUAACUGAAAACCCAAAGUCCUUCUCGCACUUCAUCACAAACCUUUGCGCCAUCAUUGGUGGUGUUUUCACGGUAGCGGGAAUACUAGAUUCUAUUUUCCACAAUACAAUAAGACUGGUGAAAAAAGUGGAGCUGGGGAAAAACUUUUGAUUGGCGACUGGAGGUUAGAGUUUACCAUUAAUCUAUAACACCAUAGAAGAACCUCAGACUGUUUUAUUUGGAACAGCUGUUCUUACAGAGAAAAACUCAGAAAAGAGAGAGAAGUUUUGUUUUGACACUUAUCUUAGUUUCUUUAUGUUUCUUGAGAAAUAAUACAACCCAAGUGGAACUUUUAUUCAUUUACAUGAUAAACAAAUGUUUAUAAA